AUGCCCUCUGCAGAAGACUCCAAGCCCAAUGAGGCACGCCUCCUGCUGGUCUCGAACCGUCUUCCGAUCACCAUCAAGCGGUCGGAAGAUGGCAAAUAUGAUUUCUCCAUGUCCUCCGGCGGCUUGGUCAGUGGGUUGAGUGGUCUUUCCAAAUCCACCACCUUUCAGUGGUACGGCUGGCCUGGGCUAGAGGUGCCCGAGGCUGAGAUUCCCGUGGUCACCAAACGUCUCAAGGAUGAGUAUGGCGCCGUCCCCGUGUUUAUUGACGAUGAGCUGGCGGAUCGCCACUACAAUGGAUUUUCCAAUUCCAUUCUCUGGCCCCUCUUCCAUUACCACCCCGGUGAAAUCACCUUUGACGAAUCUGCCUGGGAAGCCUACAAAGAAGCCAAUCGACUGUUCGCCAAGGCGAUCGCCAAAGAAGUCCAGGAUGGGGACUUGAUCUGGGUGCACGAUUACCACCUGAUGCUCCUGCCAGAGAUGCUCCGCGAGGAGAUUGGCGAUUCCAAGCAGAACGUCAAGAUCGGUUUCUUCCUGCACACCCCCUUCCCCAGUAGCGAGAUCUACCGCAUUCUGCCCGUGCGCAACGAGUUGCUGCUGGGCGUCUUGCACUGCGACCUGAUCGGCUUCCACACCUACGACUACACCCGCCACUUCUUGAGCAGUUGCUCGCGACUCCUUGGACUGGCAACGACCCCGAAUGGAAUCGAGUUCCAGGGCAAGAUUAUCACCUGCGGCGCAUUCCCCAUUGGCAUUGAUCCCGAGAAAUUCGCCGAAGGUCUCAAGAAGGAAAAGGUGCAAAAGCGCAUUGCCAUGCUGGAGGAAAAGUUCAAGGGUGUCAAGCUCAUGGUCGGCGUCGAUCGACUGGACUACAUCAAGGGUGUGCCGCAGAAGCUGCACGCGCUGGAGGUCUUCCUCAGCGACCACCCCGAGUGGGUGGGCAAAGUCGUCCUGGUGCAAGUCGCCGUGCCCAGUCGCCAGGACGUGGAGGAGUACCAGAAUCUGCGGGCUGUGGUGAAUGAGCUGGUCGGUCGCAUCAACGGGAAAUUCGGCACCGUCGAGUUCAUGCCCAUUCACUUCCUCCACAAGUCGGUCAACUUUGACGAGCUGAUCGCCCUGUACGCCGUGUCCGACGCCUGCAUUGUUUCCUCGACCCGCGACGGCAUGAAUCUGGUCGCAUACGAAUACAUUGCCACCCAGCAAAAGCGACAUGGUGUGCUUGUGCUGUCGGAAUUCGCAGGUGCCGCGCAAAGCUUGAAUGGCAGCAUUAUCGUGAACCCAUGGAACACGGAAGAGUUGGCAGGUGCCUAUCAGGAAGCCGUCACGAUGAGUGAUGAGCAGCGCGCUCUCAAUUUUGCCAAGCUCGACAAAUAUGUAUCCAAAUACACCAGUGCCUUUUGGGGACAAUCGUUUGUCACCGAAUUGACUCGAAUUUCCACUCAGUCUGCCGACAAAUUCCAAGCCAAGCAGCUCGCCGUGGACGCAUCCAAUUCCACCAAUGGAAGCGUGACCCCCGAGCAGACUUCUUAG